AUGACAGGUGGAACAGAGAUAGCGCCGGCGACGAUAGAACAGAUCUGCUCGACAGAAAAAGGAGGCGAGCCCGGCGACGAUGGAACCGAGCUGUGCGACGGUGCUUUCAAAGCCGAAACAAUAGCUGCACGAUGGUGCACGAUACCGACGGUGGCUUCGAAGCUCGUUUCGGCGAUGGCGGCGGCAGAUGGACGGAGAUGUGUUUGCAAGCAUUGGAACACAUUGAUUUCUAAUCCAAACUUUGCCAAGUUACUCUUUACUUAUACACUUCCUGCUGUGAUGAUCCGACGCAAGCAUUCAAUACUCUUUCACCUUGUUGAAUAUGACCGAAUUGAAUGGCAUGAAAGGAGAAACAAUCCAUUAUUCAGCGGUGUGUUUGAGGUCCUGAAACCCAAUAGUAGCAGCAUAAAACUUGAUCCUAAGUUUGAAAUUCCUCUCCUUGGUACAAAAGUUUAUGCUAAUGUGCAUGUGCUUAUUUGUAAUGGUCUUUUUUACUUGAGUUGCUCAAAUAAUGGAGACAUUUCACUUGUUUGUAACCCAAUAACAGGUGAGUUCAUAAGACUUCCAAAACACCCUCGAAUCCUGAAAUCCUGCGAGUGCGAAAUAUCUCGGGGUUUUGGUUUUCACCCAAAAACAAACCAAUACAAGGUAAUGAGAAUUCUUAUCUUUAAACAUGAUCAUCCUAUGGUUGUUGAAAUGCUCAGAGUUGGAAUAUCGACAACAUGGAUAAAUGUUGAGGUGGAUUAUCCCAAAAAUUUGAUAUCUAUAUCGAGAUCUUCUGUUUAUUUAAAUGGAGCACUUCAUUGGAUUGGUAAGGAUGUUGAUGACAAUGUGUCGAUAUGGGCUUUCAAUUUCGACACGGAGAGGUUCCAAUCCUUUUCUAUACCGAGCGAUCACGGUCCAAAAGUCGGCAUAUAUGAAUUCAGUGGAUUUUUUUGCAUGAUAUAUUUUAAUGAGCCGAUCACAAUGUGGAUGAUGAAAAGAUAUGGAGUUGAAGAAUCUUGGACUCCUAUUCUCGUAAGCUCUGACAGAAAUAUUAAUUCUUCCAUAACCAUAUUUCAUGAUUACCUUGCCUACCAUAAUCGUGAAAACAAAGAAUAUAGGAUUUUUCGGACUGACUAUAGUGACAACAUUCAAAUUCUUUGUCUUGUUCCUUCUCUUAUCCCACUAAAGGAUAUUAUCAUUGGAGAUAAUAUGGAGGUGCAUAAUAUUUACUCAUUGAAUUACCCAAAAUUGAAGUUCUAUUAG